ACAAACUACCUCCAGCGAGUUCCGACAGGCGCACUUGUCAACGAUAGGGGAUUGUGGGUAAACAUGGCGGCGCCCAUGGAAAGAUUUGUAACAAGAAUUGUCAAACAAACAUGCGAAAAAGCUACUGGUUCAGUAAUAUUUCUUCAUGGAUCAGGGGACACUGGGAUAGGCAUACAAGAAUGGGUGAACAGUAUUUCUGGAGCGAAAGAGUUGAGGUUUCCACAUUUGAGGAUUUUAUACCCAACUGCUCCUCCCAGACCAUAUACUCCAAAUAUGGGAAAUCUCUCCACAGUGUGGUAUGACAGAAAGCAAAUCUCACCUUUUGCACAUGACGACGAAUCAGUGGCCACCAUGGCAGCAAUGUUACAGGAACUGGUGCAGUGCGAGGUUGACAGAGGGAUUCCUCUGAACAGAAUCAUAAUAGGAGGUUUUUCGAUGGGAGGAGGCAUGGCGUUGCAGCUGGGGUACAAGUACUUGAGAGGUCUUGCAGGAGUAUUUGCUCUUUCCAGUUUCCUCAGCCAGGAGUCUCUUGUCUACAAGGCAUUGCAGGCUGAUGCCUCCAACAUUCCACCACUGUUUCAGUCACAUGGGGAGCAAGACACACUUGUAGCCUACUCGUGGGGCAGGGACACGUACAAGAGGCUCACGUCUCUCGGAGUGCAGGGGGAGUUCCACAGUGUACCGGACCUGCUGCACGAGUUGGACCGCCAGACAUUGAAUAGGCUGUGUGAUUGGAUACAGGCCAGAGAGCCUCCAACCAGCCUGUUGUAGUCUCCAUCUGGGAUAAAGGGGCUGAAUGCAACUCCACACAGGCUAAUCAGGGACAACACUUUAUUCUUUUAUUGAAAUUUUACUUUAAAAGCAGUCUCAUAUAAAUGCAAAUCUAGUCUAGGCGAAAAGUGUUGUACCUGAUUAGCCUGUGCUGAUUGCACAGGCUAAUCUGAGACGACGCUUUAUGCAAAUGCAUUCAAAUUACAUCUCUGGGCGUGCAAGAGGCGUUUCACAAUGUAUUUGGUCUGUUGCAUGAGUCGGAUCAACAGACAUCGAGCUGGUUGUGUAUUUGGAUACAACCAGGAUGCCUCAGACCAGUGCGUUGAAGCAGCGUCUAAUAAUUUAAUGAACUUGUUUUGAUAAACUUGUUUUGAUAAUAUUUUUUAUACCCCCACAAACGAAGUUUAGGGGGGUAUAUAGGAGUGAGCUUGUCUGUCGGUCGGUCUGUCUGUCGGACGGUCGGUCCGUAUUAAGUGUUUGCUCUAUAAUUCAGGUAGUUUUCAUCCGAUCUUCACCAAACUUGGUCAGAUGUGGUAUCUAAAUGAUGUCUAGGUCUUAUUCGAAUAUGGGUCAUGCCAGGUAAAAAAACUAGGUCACCGGGUCACUUGGUGCGUUUUAAACAUUGAGCAUGUUGUCCGCUCACUAAUUCAAGUAGUUUUCAUCUGAUCUUCACCAAACUUGGUCAGAAGUGUUAUCCAGAUGAUGUCUGGGCCAAGUUCGAACAUUGGUCAUGGCAGGUAAAAAACUAGGUCACGGGGUCACUUAGUGCGUUUUAAACAUUGCGCAUGGUGUCCUUUCUCUAAUUCAAGUAGUUUACAUCCGAUCUUCACCACACUUGAUCAGAAGUUGUAUCUAGAUGAUGUGUAGGUCAAGUUCGAACAUGGGCCAUGCCGGGUCAAAAACUAGGUCACGGGGUCACUUUGUCCAUUUUUUAAAACUUGAGCAUGGUGUCCGCUGUUUUUUGUGAAGACAACAUGCAUAAUAUUCUGUGUCAAUGUGGCAUGUGGGGUUACUCGUCAUGUCUGUGACAAAGCUCUAGUUGAAUUUUAUUUUAUUGUUUAUGUUUGUAAAUUAAACUAACUAAGUACUAUUGCAGAAUAAAAUUUGGAUUGUUAUAUUGCAAUAUAUGGUAGUUUCAGCUGAGGUUUUCCAACAGAUUUUCUAGUCCAUAGGUCUUUAAAAGAAAGGGUUUUAUCUGAGGUUUGCUCUUGGUAAACUGGUCUUUAUGCAUUUGCAUACAGUGUUAUCCCAGAUUAGCCUGUGCAGUCCACACAGGCUAAUCAGGGACACAACUUUCUGCUUUUAUGGAUUCUUUUCUAAAGAAAGUCUAUUCUAAAUGAAAAUCCACUUAAGACGGAAAGUUUCACCCCUACGCAGACUGCUCAUGCAUUUAGUCCAAUUUUCCCUGAGUAUGGCAUAUGUUCCAAAGGCUUCAAUAUUGAAUAAAAAUUAAACAGAAUAUUAAAACAAUUAUUGUAUGUACAUGUGUAUAGUCUAUAUUUUAUAUAUUAAGCAUGUAUAGUUUAAUGUGAUUUUAUAUGAUGACUUGUUUCUUUUUAGGUAUUAUUGGCACGUGUAUUGUUAACAUAUUUAUGAAAAUAAUGCAUAUUGUAUUUUAAGUGCACAUGUCUGUGUAACUUCCAAACUAUUUAUGUCACUAACAUGAACACAAUUUAACACUUAAAUUGAUUUUUCUCAGUGUUGUAGAUAAGUGUUGACAAUUCUUUUGUAUGAGACGCGUACUGAGAAAACUGGGCUUAAUGCAUGUGCGUAAAGUGUUGUCCCAGAUUAGCCUGUGCAGUCUGCACAGGCUAAUCAGGGACGACACUUUCCGCUUUUAUAACAUUUUUUGUUUAAAUGAAGUCUCUUCUUAGCAAAAAUUCAAUUUAGGCGGAAAGUGUCCCUGAUUAGCCUGCGGGGACUGCACAGGCUAAUCUGGGACGACACUUUACGCACAUGCAUUAUGCCCAGUUUUCUCAGAACACGACUCGUAUAAACAUGACUGUGGUUGCAUAUGAUUCUUAUCUUGUUGCCAUUCUAUUUAUGGAAUGAUUGUUAUUAAUUGCCACUAAAUUAUUGUUGCAAUAAAAUUGAACAUUGUAUAACUUGGUGCUCUUAUCAUAUGUAAUAUCAACGAUACUUAUGCUACAUCAUCAAAUGUAGUCAGCUUCAGAGAGUAUAAGAGUUAAGCUUUCCACAGCAUGUUAAAAUCAGCAUCUGGGUCAAAAUCACUGUUCCUUAGAAAACAAAUGUUUGAGUUUUGAUGUAGAUGCUGCACUGAAAUUGUGUGUGUACUACGUGGCUAAUAUGAUUUGGGGGGGGGGGGGGGCGGGGGAUUUCACACUUAAUUUACUGAAAUUAUACUAUUUGGUAAAAUGUUCAUGUAUUAAAAACCUGUGUUCUUGGAUUGGCGAUGUUUCUUAUUGUGAUUUAAAAUGUUAAAUUUUUAUGAUUACAAGUAAAAGUAUCUCUAUUACUUCUACAGAUAGUCAAUAUCAAAUAUGUCUUUGCAUCAUUAAGUGACAUGUUUCAGGCAUUAUGAUCAUGAUAAAUCUUAAUAUUACGUCAAUAAAUCAUAAUAUAACAUCA